UGUGCCGGAGCAUUGUGGGGCCGGGCGCUGGAAGGGACAUGCGCAGAUCGGGCCGCUCCUCGUUCAUUUGCCGAGAGGAGCGGGAAGAUGGCGGAUGGAGAUGCAUCUACUAAGAAACAGAAGAAGCAUAGAAAGAAACCUGAGGAAAGUAUUGGGGACAUCCAGCAGGUGACUGACUUUCUAAUCGCACCAGAGUCAAAGACAGUAAAGUUAGACACAUCUCAUUGGCCUUUAUUGCUGAAGAAUUUUGACAAGCUUAAUGUACGGACGGCACAUUACACACCCAUUCCAAGUGGCUGCUCGCCUCUCAAGAGGGAAAUUGCUGACUACGUAAGGUCUGGAUUCAUUAACCUCGAUAAGCCAGCAAACCCAUCCUCACAUGAAGUGGUAGCAUGGAUACGCAGGAUUCUACGGGUGGAAAAGACCGGUCACAGUGGAACACUGGAUCCUAAAGUUACAGGCUGUCUAAUUGUGUGCAUAGAACGAGCAACUCGACUAGUUAAAUCCCAACAGAGCGCUGGCAAAGAGUAUGUGGGAAUUGUUCGGCUGCACAAUGCUAUUGAAAGUGAACUUCAGCUUAGCCGGGGCUUGGAGAUGCUGACAGGAGCCUUAUUCCAACGGCCUCCCUUGAUUGCUGCUGUUAAAAGGCAGUUAAGAGUCCGGACCAUCUAUGACAGUAAACUAAUUGAAUAUGAUCCAGAGAGGCGGUUGGGAGUCUUCUGGGUGAGCUGUGAGGCAGGAACAUAUAUCCGAACACUAUGUGUGCAUAUUGGCCUGUUGCUUGGAGUUGGUGGUCAGAUGCAGGAGCUGAGAAGGGUACGGUCAGGAGUGAAUGGAGAGAAGGAUAACAUGGUAACAAUGCACGAUGUGUUGGAUGCCCAGUGGCAAUAUGACCACAACAAGGAUGAGACCUAUCUACGUCGUGUCAUCUUGCCCCUUGAAAAGUUGAUGGUGACCCACAAACGGAUUGUUAUGAAGGAUAGUGCAGUAAAUGCUAUCUGUUAUGGUGCUAAAAUCAUGCUCCCCGGUCUGCUCCGUUACGAAGAUGGGAUUGAGGUGAACCAGGAAAUUGUGGUCAUUACAACAAAGGGAGAAGCAAUUUGCAUCGGUAUUGCAUUAAUGACAACAGCAGUGAUUUCGACAUGUGACCAUGGCGUGGUGGCAAAGAUUAAGCGUGUCAUCAUGGAGCGGGACACAUACCCUCGUAAGUGGGGCCUGGGGCCAAAGGCAAGUGAAAAGAAAAUGAUGAUCAAAAAGGGUUUGCUAGAUAAACACGGCAAGCCAAAUGGAAGUACUCCUGAGUCGUGGAAGAAGGACUAUGUAGACUACACUCCUGGUAAUGAAGCACCUAGUGAUGUAGCACAAGUCCAGGCAGUGAAGAGAAAGAGAGAAAGUGAAAGCGAGAGUGAUGAGUCAGUAGUGCCAUCCACUCCUGCGAUCAUAAAAUCCCAACCAGAGCAAAUUAAGAAAGAGAAAAAGAAAAAGAAGAAAGAGAAGAAGCAAAAGUUAUUGGAGGAAACGCCGGCGAAAACUGAAAGUAGUGAUCCAGUAUCUACAUCAGAGGCACACAAGUCCAAUCCAGAAGUCAGCAAGAAAGAAAAGAAAAAGAAAAAAGAGAUGGAAGUAGAGUCUGGGACUGGAGAGACUGAAAGCGCCAAAAAGAAGAAGAAGAAGAAGGAAAAGGAAAAAGCUGCAUCAUGCGAGUAAUGAGGUGACUUGCAUCUGGACUUCUCAGUCAGCAGGGAGGAGGUGGCUUUUGCAGGGCCAAAUCUGACGAGUACUGCGCUAAUUUCCAUCCCAACAAUUAGAGGUGUUAAAGUUGUACUGUUUGAAUGGACUUCAUCUUUCAACUUUGCAAUUUUGUAUCUAGGAUUUGUUCAGUUCACUAUCCUGUUUUAAGGAUAAUAGUCGAAGAUUCAUUGAUGCACUUUUGUGCAUUAUGUACAUGUACAUGCUGUAAGAAUGGCGCAAUACUUUGUGGAAAGAAUAUCUGGGGGCAAUCAUUUUCUGUGACACUGAGCAGUAGUUAACAUUCCCUCUUAGUUGGGAGUAUUUUGUAUGUACCAUUCCCUUUGCAAAAAGGGAACAUUUUCUUUAAUGUCCAAAGCAGCAGUGGGCACAGCAUGGAACCUGACAACUGCAGAAGGCUCCAAUGAAUCAGCUUAAGUUUUUGGUGAACAGUUUGGGAAAUUGGCUAUUUGAGGGAAAAAAAAUCCCUACUGUUUGGGUUUAUUUGUUUUGAUGAUGCCUGGCAAUGCUUUCCUAUUUAUGUUCAUUUGAUUUAUGUGAGGUCAAACUCCUUUAGAGAAUGUAAUGGACUGCUACCUCCUGCAUAUGCUCACAGGCAUGGUUCACCAAAUAACAGAAAAUGCACCGUGAAGACUUCAAGUUUGAGUUGCCUAGAGUGGGAUGAAUUUGCAAAGUACUACCAAUGUGAAUAUUUUAAUUAUUUUUAUAUUGGGAAUCUAGGUCCCUCUAUUAUGUACAUUGUAAUAAAACUAAAUGCGGCUUCUGUGGUGGGGGAAUCCAGUAAACUUUCAAGAUGUGCUGUGUUGAGUUGUACCCCAUUGUACAUUUAACUGUACAGACUUGUCUGAUUAUUGAAACAAGCCUGGUCAUUUUUAAAUAAAUGGCUUCUUUCUACUUGC